AUGGGCUUUCUUGUUGCUGGCAGAGAAGCAAAAGAAUUCCUCCAGUCCCACUGUGCUUGUGUGGCAUUGGGGAUCCUCCUGUACAAGCUCUGCUUCUUUUCUCUCCCAUUUGGUGAAAGUCCUCUUGCAAUUCAGAGUGGGAACUUCACAGUCCCUGAUAAUUCCAAGUAUUCCACCCAUCUACAUGCACUGAUCCGCUAUAUGCUGGAACCUGAUCCCGACCAGCGACCUGAUAUCUUUCAAGUUUCUUCUGUGGCCUUCAGUCUCCUUUCAAAACCUUGCCCUGUUGUGAACCUCAAGAACUCUCCCAUUCCCAAGUGUGAGGAGUUGCCUGUCCCCAUGACAGAGAGUGAGGGAAAACGUAGCCAAGUGAAGGUGAACAAGACUGUGAAUGCUGUUGUGGUUGAGGGCACCUCUGUGGCACCCAGACAAAGGCCUAAAGCGGGAUACACUCGAGAGCCAAUUGGAAGUCUCCCACUGCCACCAACCCUCUCGGGAGGGAAGCGAAGCAAGUUACCUGUGGGAGACAGUGCUGCCAUGACCAAUGCUUCCUCACCAUUGUCAGUGAUGCCUCCCGUGCCUGCAUCUAGUCCCCUCCCCACUCCCUCUCCUAUGAGUUACAAUGGGAAUGGUGCACAGAGCCUGCAGAUGGUGAGUGGUCCUGGUCCAGGAGGAGAUGCCCCUCAACAGCCCACCAGUCUUCAGGGGCCCAUUGAACAACCCAGGAUCUCCCCGCAUAGAGUCUCUCCACCACAACCUGAAAAUACCCAAGGCGUCCGACAGUUCUUCCCUCCACUUGAUUACCCAGAUCCAUUCCGUGAGGAAUCGAGAGGGAGGCCGAUUGGAGUGACUGCACCCCCUGCCUCAUUCCAUUCCUUGAUUGGAGGUUCCUCAUCCUUCACUCCCCCUGCCUCUCCCACCCACCAUGCAGGAGUCCUUCUCUCUCGACAUCGUCGAAAUGUCUCAGACACAUCUGCUUUCGACAAGGCAUCAGCAUCAGAGAUCUCACACUUUCUGGCCCCAUUCGAGGCAUCGGUAAAGAACAGCCCUCCCCGUGUGGCGCUAGAGCUCUUAUCCCGUCCAGGGCCCGUACAGCCAGGUGCACAUCAUGCAAUGGGAAUCUCCAUGUCUCAAGGCCAGCUGGGGACAUGCCACACCCUUCCCACGAAACCAUUUACAGUCAGCAUGGCCCAGUGGAACCCCUUCGAGGACACCACUCCAUUUGGAGAGAUGUCUGAGGAUCACAUCUUUGUUGCUGAAUUUGACAAGCUUCGUCGGGGUUCACAAAGCAGUAUCUCAAAUGUGAAAAGUCGAGAGAGUCUGGUGAUGUCAGCAUCGGAUGAGAGGCUGGAUAAUGAGGAUCCCUUUGGUGCUGCCCCUUUUUCUCUUCCUCCAGGCAUUGGGAGUCAAGUGAAGAAAAGUGGAAUCCAAUCACCACCUGUGACUGCAAGGCAGGAUGACUCCCGAGGUAAUCUGAUCACCUUCUGAAACCUUGCUGUAGUAUCCCUUGAAAGACAACUGUUCAUCUCUCACAGGGUUCCUGCACAUGGGUGGCUUGUUGACUUUUGGCCACCCUGUAGAUAUUUUUAUUGCCAUAUUUAUUCCUUGCACUCAGUUGCACAUAUCAGAUGCCAGUGGUUGAUAGUACAGAUAUUACUUUCUCUUUGGUAUUAGUAGCAACUGGGUGGCAAGAGAAUUGAUGCAUGCUUCAUAGAUCCAGAAGUUGAAGUGUCUUUUAAGAAUGCUUUAAGUUACUUGGGAUAUUGAGCAAUUACUUGAGAACUUUGCCAAACAGCAACAGUGUUCCCAGGCCUGGUUACUGGGCUUCAAUUUUCUAGAUCUUACUGAUGUUCUUCAGUCUAUACAUCUACCAGAUGCUGGCAGUAUUUCAAUUGGGGUGCUUCCUAAGAUGAAAGGGUACAAAGAACUAUUAUCUUUUAAUGCUGCUCAUUUCAAUUCACCUAGUCAGCCCUGCUCCAAACAUGUUCAGCACUAGUCUUCACUGUUGAAAGAGCACCAUGUUAUUGAUUUUUGGUGUGAAUUUCACGAGUGGUUGACUUAAGAAUUCGAAUUGCCAUCGGUCUUCCCUUUGUGAGUGUUUAGGAUUCAUUUGGUGAUAUCUCAAAUGACAAUUUCUCCUGGUUGCCCCAAAGGUUGGUGUUAAAGUCUUGGAAUGGUCCUAAAUGAGAAGACUGAGGGCUGUUGAAUUGGAUAAGUAUGUCUUUAUGUCUUCAGGUAAAAUGGAUGGGAUCUUAACCCCAAAGUAUUUGAGGUGUUCCUUGAACAAAAUGUCCCUUCAGAUUUCCAAAGCUGAGUUUCACCUAGUCAGUGUAACCUUCAAUGUUUUCUGGUGAUGUACCUUCCCGAGUGAUAACUUGGCCUGAUUAUAUGUUGGAAGCAAUAAUUUUUAUACAUUGCAACAAUAAGAAAUUGUGUACCAUGUUAUUUAGCCAUGGAGAUAUCUCCAUUGUUUUCAAUGAGGAUAUGGAAGCUCACCUUAACAUGUCCAUAUUCUUCCUGUUCCCCCUUAGAAUUCAAUGGGAAAAUUUAUUGGGCUUCCAACUUGGAUGGAAUUUUAUGUCCAAGGAGUACAGCAUAUAUUGUUUUUCUCUGUCUGUGCCCCUGUUGGCAUAUCAUCAUAUCAAGAAUACAGAUUAUGUGUACCUCCCUUCCAAGCCACCCUGUCGUUUCCUUUCUAUGUAUCCGACAAGGAGUAUUUAGGGCCAUUCCAAGAAUUUGUGAUACCUAACCUAAUUAAUUCUCCCCGCUGUGCCUAGAAAUUCUUGUAAUGGUCCUAUCUCUCCUGCCUGUUUUACACUGCAUGCCCUCACACUAACACAAAGGGAUGCGGUUUCUCAUCUGGUGGUCGGGUUAUGAAAGUGGGCACACAAGAAGGAUAUGGGUUUAGGCUUUAUAUUUUGUUACGUGUAGUUGGUGGCCUUAGUAAUUUUGUGACAGAAAACCGAGGAAGGAGCUUAGGAUUAACGUAGUCUCAUG